GUGAAAGCUGAAGGGGAAGUGUGUUGUCAGCUCUUGUGAAGAAGUAUCUGCGUCGGCUUUUGUGAGGAGCACUUUAAAGGGAACAUGACAUCUCUGUACAGCAGCCUUCACGACAAUUAUGUUCCAAACAAAAGGAGGUCGACCAGCUGUGUGACGUUAGCUGUGGUUCUGGGCUGUCUGACCGUCCUGGGGAUCCUGCUCGCCAUCGCUGUGCUGGAAAGACCAGCGGCGCCCAAAGAUCACGAGACACUUCCUCAGGACACUGGUGGAGGCAAUUUCUCUACGGAGCAGUGCCGCAUGGUGCUGGUGGAGAGCAUCCCUCAACAUGUCAAGUUCAAAGCCAACGUAACGUUCGGCAUCCCUCUGGAAAAAGCCUGGAAAGAUCUUAUCUCCAUGGCAACGGACCAAGUGGACGUGUCCUCUUUCUACUGGACUUUAACUGGGGAAGACAUUAACAUUAACUCUUCCUCUGACAUCACUGGAAGAGACAUCCUGAAAGAACUGGAAGAGUUGCCCUCCAGGAACGUAUCUGUCCGAGUGGUGACCAGUGUCCCCACCGUUAGAACCAACUCCACAGAUUUAAAGAUCUUAAAACAGAAAGGAGUUCAGGUGAGGAAGGUGAACUUUGGCCGCUUGACACGGGGCGUCCUCCACAGCAAGCUCUGGAUAGUUGACAGAACACAUGUGUUUAUUGGGAGUGCCAACAUGGACUGGAGGGCUCUCACACAGGUGAAGGAACUGGGGGUAGUCGUUUAUGACUGCCCCAGUCUCGCAAAGGACCUACAUAAGAUUUUCCAGUCCUACUGGGUGAUGGGAGAGUCCAACAGCUCCCUGCCACAGCCCUGGCCUGCAGAGUAUGACACUGCCAUCAACAAAGAUCACCCCCUGCUGGUGAAAACUGGUAAUGUCUCCAGCAGGAUGUACCUCACAGGUUCCCCCCCAUCAUUCUGCCCUCCAUCGAGGACUCAGGACCUGGAGGCUAUUCUCUCCAUCAUCUCAGAGGCCCAACACUAUGUCGAUGUAGCCGUCAUGGAGUACUUCCCCACCACACGCUUUGAAAGGCCUCAGAGAUACUGGCCUUUCAUUGACGAUGCCAUCAGGACCGCUGCAUUCGAGAGGAGGGUUAGGAUCCGGAUGCUGAUCAGCUGUGGGCGGGACUCUGAUCCAUCCAUGCUGCUCUUCCUCCAGUCUCUAGCCUCAAUGGACAGCCCUCACCAUGAUAUCAGCAUCCAAAUAAAACUGUACAUUGUGCCUGUGGGAAACCAGUCUGAUAUUCCAUAUUCUCGAGUCAACCACAAUAAAUACAUGGUGACUGACAAAGUCGCCUACAUCGGUACCUCCAAUUGGUCAGGGGACUACUUUCUAACCACAGCUGGAGUGGGCCUUGUGAUUUCCCAGCAUGCUCCUCACCCUGAAUGGAAGACCAAGGCCCUGCAGGGCCAGCUCAGGGCAGUCUUCGAUAGAGACUGGAACUCUGAGUUUGCUGUGAACCUCGCUGACCUGGGGCACCACCCCGACUGUGCACUAUCAAGAUGACAGAAACUCCUUUAUAAAAGUUACACAUAAAUAUAUUUUAUUUUGUUGCUAUUUUUAUAUUAUCUUUGUCGAAAUCAGCAGUUUUGGUGGAUUUGUGAUGUUAUGAGUGCAAUUUCUUUUAAAUGAAUGUACCUAGAAAUAAGGUUUAUGGAGUUAUCAUUGAUAUUUUUAUUGUUGAGCUAAUUGUUGAAUGUAUGAUUGCUGAAUAUACUGUACAAUUAAUAAAUAUAUAUGUCAACAUAUUAAUAAAUGUGUCAACAACAUUACAAGAUUUUGUAAACAAAUUAAUUUGUGUGUCCAGAGUCACAUCUGAAGCAACAAAAAAUAUAUUUUAGUAAACUCAUGCAGAAUUCUUAGGAAAGCAAUAAUUUUUGUAAAUAAAAAAUAACCAAAUUAAAAACUAUAUUGACACAA